UUUUUUUCGGCAAAUGUACUGCAUCUCCCUCCAGCCAUCACCUGUUCGCCCGCGGAGCAUCUUAGCCUAUGGGGCUUUUUGGUGGGUAUAAAAGCACUCGAUGGUGGUAUGAAUGGCAUCAGUUCACGUGUGGAUCAGCAAGAGAGUGGUAUAUCUUCUCAUUCUCUGUGUGCCCGAAAGAAAAGUAAAUUAAGUGGAAAAAUGAAGGCAUUUAAAUCUCUUGUGAUGGCAGUGGCUGUCUUUGGGGUGGCUGUUAGUGCCAGUAUCUCCCUCCAAGGAUCCGCAUCCAACAGCUAUGGUGAUAGCUAUGGUACUGGUGUAUCAGGGGGUGGAUAUAGUGGUGGCUACGGUGGCAGUGGCUAUGGAUCAGGGCAGGAUUAUUCCCACGCAGCUGCUGCGUCUGUUGACCUCACAACGGGCGCCAGUCAGGGCGGAUGGGCACCAGUCAGUGGUCACGGUGUUGGCUACAGCGGUGGUCAUGAUGGUGGCUACAGUGGUGGUCAUGAUGGUGGCUACGGCGGUGGAUUUAGCAGUGGUGGCUACGGAAGCUACGGUGGAGACCAGGAGGGUGGUCACAGUGGAUACGACAGCUACCAAGCCUCAUCUGGUCACGAUAGCGGCUUCGGCGGCGGCUACGGUGGAGACUAUGGCGGUCACGAACACGGAGAAUCCGUCCACACUCACGGCCAUGCCAUCCCCAUCAGUGAACACAUUGAAGUUACCAAGAACGUCCCAGUUCCCAUUUAUAAACAAGUCCAUGUUCCAAUUGAGAAGAAGGUCAAAGUUGAAAUUCCCCAUCCAGUUCUAGUGCCAGUUCCCCAACCUUACCCCGUUCACAUCCCAGUGUCUCAACCUGUGGCACAGCCCGUGAUCAAGGAAAUUAACAUUCCCGUGGAGAAAAUUGUUCCCUACAAGGUGGAGAAGAAAAUCCCAUAUCCCGUGGAGAAACACGUGCCCUACAAAGUUGAGAAAUACAUCCAAGUGCCCGUCCCCCACCCAAUCCCAGUUAAAGUACCUGUUGUGAAGACAAUUUUCCACAAAGUCAAGGCCCAUGGCUGGCAUUAAAAGGGCAUCUCUUAACCUUCCGGCGAGACACUCUCUAGGGCUUCGAUUUUAUUUAUUGAUUAACUUCCUUCUAAGAGAGCGACAUCCUACCAUCUCGGCGGAAAAUUAUUGUUGAACCUUUUGUAGCUGUGAUUCUUUCUUCAAAGAAGCACAGCUUUUUUUACUUGAAAUUGUUGCUAGAUUUGUAAUGACCAACGAUUUUUUUUACAAAAAGAAUGAAAAACUUUUUUGGAACAAAGACUCUAGACAAAAAUAAAUUAAUUUUGCAAAAACAAA